AUGGACGGGGACGAGUUGGAAGCGGGGGCUCCUCCCGAUCCGCCUCCCGCGCCUCCGGAGGAUGUCCUCGGGUGGCACAACUUGCGCUACGUGAUCCAUCGCGGCGAUCGGCGCAGGGAGCGGACGAUCCUGAGCGGCACCAGCGGCAUCGCGCGCCCGGGGAGGCUCCUCGGCGUCCUCGGUCCUUCGGGAUCGGGCAAGACCAGUCUGAUGACCGUCCUCGCCGGCAAGCUCAGGCCCGCCGCCGAUGGACGACGAAAGGGCCGCGGGCGAAGGCACGCCACGGACGGUCUCGUCGGCGACGUCACCUUCGGCGGAGAACCUUUCCACGAGGGCCCUCACCCCGCCAGCGAGCGCGUCCCCCUCAGCUACAUCGAACAAGAUCCGAGAUUCUUCAGUAACCUCACCGUGCGGGAGACGCUGACGCUCGACGCGAACCUGCACGGCGGCGACGCGUCCGACGUCGACGACGUCGUCCGCAGGUUGGGUCUCGCCGCGUGCGCCGAUACCCUCGUGGGCGGCGACACCGGCGGCAAGGAGGUUCGGGGGAUAUCCGGCGGCGAGCGCAGAAGGCUGGCCAUCGCGUGCGAGACGCUCAGCCUGCGUUGCUCCUCCCGGGUCGCCGCGCCCGAAAAGGCGGACGCGACGAUCGGCGGGGCGGGGGCGAGAAAGGCGGCGGGCGGGGUCAUCUUAGCGGACGAACCGACGACGGGCUUGGACGCGCACGCCGCGGAUAAGAUCGUGGAGAAGCUGGCGGAGACGGCGAGGGAGGAACGCGCCGUCGUCGUUGCGGUGCUGCACCAGCCGAGAUCGGCGAUUUUCCAAAAGCUCGACGACCUCCUGCUGCUCGCCGCCGGCGGCAGGGUCGCCUACUGCGGCCCGGCGUCCGGCGCGCUCGCACACUUCGAGAAGAUCGACCCGAGUUACCACUGCCCGACGCACCACAACCCGGCGGAGUUUCUCAUCGACCUUGUCGCGAUUAACUGCGACGGCGGCGAGGGCGCAGAGGCGGCGGACGUGGCGCGGGUCGACGCGAUAUGUCACGCGUGGGCCUCCACGGGCGAAUGCGCGGCGCACGAAUCGGUCCCUAUUGGGGUACGUUCGAACGGCGGCGGCGACUCACCGGGCGGUGACUCACCGGGCGGUGACUCACCGGGCGGUGACUCACCGGGUGCGGGGACGGUGGCGGCGGGGGGUUCCCUACCGCGACAACAGCCGGGGCCGCUUCGUCAGUUUGCGCUUCUCGCGGGUCGCGCGUGGCGGCAGACCAGACGGGAGGCUUGGGUGCGUGUGACGCAGCUCGUCGCCUCCGCGGCGCUCGCGGCGGCGUUCGGGGUGUGCAACUUCAAGGUUGGGUACGGUCCCAAGAGCGUCAAGCAGCGCGCCGCGGUGUUGAUGCAGGCGUGCAUCAACACCAGCAUGCUCGCGAUAUGCCGGUCCCUCAACGGCUUCCCGCGGGAGAGGGCCACGGUGUCGAGGGAGAUGCGGCGCAAGCGCGGCGGGUACACCGCGGGUCCUUACUUCUUCAGCAAGCUCCUCGUGGAGACCCCGGUGGACAUGAUCGCGCCCGUGGUGUUCGGCGCCGUCGUCGGACCGAUGGUGGGUUUGAGAAGGGAAGGCCGGGGGUGGUUUCUCGCCACGCUGGCGCUGCAAACCGCGGCGAGUUCCACGCUGGGCACGAGCGUGGGCGCGUUGAGCCCCAGCGCGGAGAUGGCGCUCGCGAUAGGUCCGUGCGUCAUGGUCCUGUGCAUCAUGCUCGGCGACGAGACUGGGGCGUUCGCCGAGGUCCCCGACGGCCUCGCCCCGCUCGCCAACGCGUCGCUGAUCAAGUGGGGCUUCCGCGGGUGCCUCUGCUCGGAGUUUGAGGGGCUGAAGUUCGACCCGCUCGGGGACGACAGGGCGAAGAAAGACGCGGCGAAGACGGCGGCGAAGACGGCGGCGAAGACGGCGAAGGCUGCCAUCGUCGCGCGGGCGAAGAAGAAGAUGGACGGGCCGUGUCCCAGGACGGGCGAGGACGUGCUGGAGGAUAUGGGCCUGCCGUUGAGGGGCGGGGCGGCGAGGGCGGCCAAAGCGCAGUGCGUCGUGGCGCUCGCGAACGCCGCGCUGACCUACCUCGUGCUUCGCUUCAGGGGCGCGUGA